AAAACAGUGGAAAAACAAAAUGAAGAACAAGAGGAAAUGUAAAAAUAAAUACCGCCAGAAACAGCCUGAGGAGGAAGUAAAUAAAGUAAAGUCUGUGGGUAAACAUGAACUAAAGGAAGUAGUUAAACCUGAUUCACAUAGCAACAGCAACACUGGCAAAAACAAACAAAAAAAGAAAAAUGAGAAACACCCUGAGGAGGCGAGUAAUGAGAAAGAAACAAAGUGUGUCCCAGUUCAGAAAUGUGUGCCUGAAUCUUCUGCUGAUGGAUCAGAACAGAAAACACGUGAACCUGCAGUGGAGAUUAAAGUGAAUCAGCAGCAGUUCCCCAUGAAAAGACUGAAACCUGAGCAGAGUCUGAAAAGACAGAAGCUGCAGAGGAUGCUGCACAGCGAGGAGACAGAGCCCCACGAGACUCCUGCAGAGCAGGAAGAUAAGCCAGCAGAGGAAGAGGUGAAACAAGACCGCUCUGCCUCCCUCAGGUCCCGGAUGGAGCAGCGGUUGGAGGCCGCUCGUUUCCGCUACAUUAACGAAGUUUUGUACAGCACGUCCAGCGGCGAGGCGAAGCGUAUGUUCAAGCAGGACCCACAGGCUUUCUGGAUCUACCACAAAGGUUACACGGCUCAGGUUCAGAGGUGGCCCGCCAAUCCAGUGGACGCCAUCAUCUCUUAUAUUCAGAAAAAACCUUCCUCUCUCGUGGUUGCCGACUUUGGUUGUGGUGACUGUAAAAUAGCGCGCAGCGUGAAGAACAAAGUUCAUAGCUUUGACCUGGCAGCCACCUGUGAGCUGGUUACGGUCUGUGACAUGGCCCACGUGCCUCUUAAUGACGCCUCUGUGGACCUCGCCGUGUUUUGCCUGUCCCUCAUGGGGACCAAUCUGGCGGACUUUUUAGCAGAGGCCAAUCGAGUGCUAAAAAAGAGAGGAGUCCUUAAAAUAGCAGAAGUGGCAAGCAGAUUCGACAACGUGCGAAACUUCAUCACUGCACUGUCAAGUCUUGGAUUCAAGAUGGUGUCGAAGGACACAGAAAAUAGUCAUUUCUACUCCUUUGAAUUUGCGAAGACGGGAAAGACUCCAGAAAAUCUGAAGAAAGUUGGACUACAGUUGAAGCCUUGUCUUUACAAGAAGAGAUGAAGAUGUAAUAGGAAUUCAUAAACUUCUCUGUGCAUCAGUACAUAACUGGACAAUGCUUCACGGGGUCACAGUUAAUAUACACUUAAAUGUAUCAUAUUUUUUGGUAUAUUUUUGAUUAUUCCUUUUGCAUUUUGUUAUAGAUAUGUGAUUUUUUUUUCAUGUAACAGAGGUCUGUUAGUCUGUAUCAUCAGUAUCAACAUGGACGCACAUUUUCUCAUCACACAAUGCACAGAUCAUUGAUUGUAUUGUUUACUCAAAUACUGUAAAUAAGAAAUGUUUUUACAGUCCUGGAGUAAGUCACUGCGUUGGGUACAAAAUCAAAAAUGAAACUCGAGGCUGCUUGGUGACAGAGUUUUCUAAGAGAACUCUGUAAGUGCUACAAUUGCUGUGGG